CCCAAUAAAACUUAGCUUAUAUGGAAAUUUAAAUGGAUAUUAUACGCUUCUAUUAAAACAUUUCAGUGUAAAUUCAAAAAAGUUGUAAUCUAACCUGUAAAAAUUUAAACAUAACCUAUAAAUUAGUGUAAACUGAAUGUACUAGAAAUAAAUAUUAAUGUUAGCAUUUAAUAUUAGACCAGUUUUACUUACACCUAGCCAACGUCUACCAAUUUGCUUUUGAACUGCAAUAAUAUAAAAAGACUAUGUGCAUUAGGAAACAAUUUUUUAACCAAAUUAGAGGUUAUGCUGUAAAAAGAAAAUAUCCUGUAAAUCCUGAAGAUGCAAAGAAACUGCCAGUUUUUGGGUAUGGGAUUAGUAAAGCAUCAUAUAACAGAAUCUUUGUGUGGGGCUGUAGAGAAACUGGGGCUCUGGCUGUCCCCCAGAAAAAAGAAGAAGAAAAAUUUCACAAAAUUUCACCCAUUAAGUAUCCUAAGCGACUUUUUUUCGCUGAAAAUCAUGAGGUCACAAAUGUUGCAUGUGGUUUUGGCUUUAGCAUAUUUUCUGUAAAUCCAAAUAAUGAUAAUAGUAGGUUGUAUGGUACAGGUAUUAAUUCAGAUUCUCAAAUAGGUUACCAUGCAAUUCGUGAGAACAAACCUCUUGAAAUAAUAUUUUCUCCAGUGGCCAUCCAUUUACCACUAAAAGAAAAGAAAACGCGAAUUAAUAAAAUUGCAGCUGGGAGAGCACAUACUUUAGUGUUAACCAGUGAAGGGUUAUUUACUUUUGGAAAUAAUGCCUACGGUCAAUGUGGUAGAAUGAUAAUAACUGAUGAAGAUUACAGUAAUAGCCAUUAUGUCCAUAAAAUUAGUAAUGUUGACGAUACAAUAAAGGACGUUGAAUGUGGACAAGAUCAUAGUUUAAUUUUAACUGAAAGUGGUCAAGUGUACUCUUGUGGUUGGGGUGCUGAUGGGCAAACGGGUCUGGGUCAUUUUAAUUCAGAAUCGCGCUUUACACGUGUUUUGGGUGAUAUAGCAAACGAAAAUAUAGUAAAAGUUUCUGGAAGGUCCGAUUUCGUUUUAGCUAUAAAUGACAAAGGGGAAGUUUUCGGAUGGGGAAAUACAGAGUAUGCACAGUUAGAUACCCCUAACGAUUUACAACAAGUUUGUAAUGCUACAUUUAUUGAAAAAUGUAAAGGUCUUGGAAAAAUAGUGGAUAUAGCUGCAGGGGGAUCGUUUUGUCUUAUUUUAAAUGAGGAUGGCCAAGUAUUCUCUUGGGGAUACGGCCUUUUAGGAGCUGGUCCAAAAGUUCAGUAUUCAAAAAAACCAGUUCUAUUACCUGAAAUCUUAUUUGGCAAAAAUGAAUUUCAGACAGACAGUAAAGUUAUCAAAAUUAAAGCUGGUAUAGGACAUGCAGCUGCCAUUUCUAAUUAUGGUAAUUUGUAUAUGUGGGGGCGAAACAGAAGUGGAUGUCUUGGCAUGGGACACGAUAAAGAUCAGCCUUUUCCAUUUAGGGUUUCUGUGUCUGGACUUGUAAAGGAUGUGAGUUGUGGAUUCGAUCAUUCUAUUGCCCUGUGCAAACCCUUUAUUUAGGAAAAAGUAUGUUUUAGAACUUUUGUACAUUAAUAUAUUUUUAUUUUGUAAUUAUUUCAAUAAAUGAAUUAUUUAAUUGAAUAAACCAGUGUUGCAC